CAGUGAACACAGUUUACGGAGGAUCAGGCAUGUUAGCAGAGAAUAACCUUCAUUUGCAGCCGAGGAAGACUUUAUUAUGUCAUUUUUAAACAUUAAGUCAUUGGAAUUAAGCUGCAGGCAGUGCUGAAGUCUGCAGAGGACCAUGUUUUGUCUCCGGCUGUCCCUGAGGCUUCAGCCUGGGACUCAGGUUGGCUGUGUCUCCUGUAGGAGUGUCCACAAACUGGCCUCUCUUCAGAAAGUCAAAAUGCUUCCCCCAAAGAAAGCCCAGAGCUUCCUGUACCCCUUCAGUGAGCUGGAGGUCCACCUGGACAGGUCAGUGGACAGGACACCGUUCCAGCUCUUCCAUCCCAGUUUAGAAGACAUGGUGAAAGCAGAAAAGUUCUUUGUAUCUUCUCCAUCUCAUAAGAUUGAUUACCACGUCUCUGCAGAGAGGAUGGAGCAUAUACCUGCAAUGAAACCUCCAGAGGUGUGUUUCAUCGGCAGAAGCAACGUAGGCAAGUCGUCCCUCAUCAAAGCUCUCUUCUCACUGACUCCCGAGAUAGAGGUCCGAGUCUCCAAAACUCCAGGUCACACAAAGAAGAUGAAUUUUUUCAGAGUUGGCAAAGCGUUCACCAUCGUUGACAUGCCCGGCUACGGACACAGAGCGCCCAAAGACUUUGUGGAUAUGGUGGAGCCGUAUCUGUACACGAGGAAAAAUCUGGUGAGGACGUUCCUGCUGGUCGACGGCAGUGUGGGUCUGCAGAAGACUGACCUGAUCGCCCUGGAGAUGUGUGAGGAGCUCAGAUGUCCAUAUGUGAUUUUGGUGACAAAGAUUGACAAAUGUGGGCAGGGAGUGCUGCUGACCAACCUGCUGAAGCUUCAGGACGUGGUAAUGACACACACGAAGAGCUGCUUCCCUCAGCCAUUCCUGGUCAGCUCCCUCCACUUUUGGGGGAUCUACCUCCUGAGGUGCUUCAUCACUCAUGUUACAGGACACAUCCGGCUAGCUGACUCCUCUCAAAUCUGAUCAGAGUUGGUGUCCAGAUGAUCCACUUCAGAGAACCUAUAAAAGCGGAAAACCUUUCCCUGUUUUAUUGGUUUACAUAACUUUGGGAAGGAUUUUUACAACACAAUUGUAAAACACAAAAUUUUUUGUUUGAAAGAAAUUAUUCUGCAUACAUUACUUGCUUUUCACCGUGACUCGCCAUAAUGAUCACUUUACACAAUUAUUCUUACUUUACUAAGAUGUGUAACUUUUAAUGUAACUGACAAUAAUAACAGUAAGUCAAGGGCAUUUUGAAAUUACAUCACUUCACGUGUAUUUAAACCUCUGAACUCGGAGCAAAUUGGUGUGAUUUUUGUCAAAAAACAUAGGGCAAAAAAGG